AUGCCCUCGUCCGGCUCCUGCAAGUCCAGCGCCACGCCGUCCGCCACGACCUCCUGCGAAUCCGGCACCAUGCCGUCCGCGGCGAGCACCACGAUAACCUCGUCCGGCUCUUGUGAAUCCUGCGCGACGGAGAGCAGCGGGUCGGAGUCGUCCACGGACAGCAGCGGGUCCACGACGUCCUCCGCGGCGACCUCCUCCGACUCUUGCCCGAUGUCCUCCGUGACGAGCGCCUCCGACUCCGGCCUGACGCCGUCCGCGGCGACCAGCACCCGAGCGCCGCCGGUCUCCAUAGCAACGAAACGAGAUGAAGAAGUCGCGCGCGUGAGCCAGGCCGGUGAUGAGCCAGGCGUGCGCGUGAGCUCCAACUCCUCCGCCUCCAUGGAGUCCAGCGCCAAGUCCGGCGCAUCCAUGGCUUCGCGAGCGCUAGGGUCCAUCGACCAGCAAGCGAGGAGCGCAGCGCGAGCACGUUGCCAGCGCCGGCGAGCCAGGGCUCAGCACCGCCGGGACCAAGCUGAGCAGGCCGUGGUCGGCGGCCAUCCGUGCCAUGUCGUAGAUGUCCUCGGCUCCUCGCCGAGGCACCGCCUCACCGCGUCGAGAAACCCGCCCAGGCUGCCGGGGAGCAGCACGCCGUCGCCGCCCAUAGACAGGAUCUUGAGGAGGUAA